CGACAGCGCCUGCACUUCGCAGAGGAGUACGGAUGAUGAUAAUGAGCUUUUUCAGUUCAGAGUCCGCAGCGCUAUUUGAACGAGGGCGAUGGAAGCUGGAAGAACCCUAAUUCCCUGAUCGUGGCGGGCUCGACGUCUCGCAAUCUCGAAGGUAUCCAACUAUGUUGUUAAGUGGAUGCACCUCAUUCUUGGGGUGUGGGUCACAAAUCCCGCUUCUAAGCCCACAGUGCCUAGUAACUCGGUUAUUGCUCGUAGUCAUGCCGUACAUACCAAGGCCACUUUGUUGAGCAUCCGGAGUUCAUGGAGACCUCAUAUAGAGUUUAAGCAAUGGUCCAACAAAUGUUUGCUGCACCAGAACAUAUCCUCAGCAUCCACCACUCUUGUAAGAGGAGACAAUGAUGGCCUGUCAUUCUCACUUCCAAUUAUCCCCAGCAGACGGAGGCCUUGCAGGGCCCCACGAGCAUCCAAGGACGUACCAUACAGUUUUAGAUUCCCUCCUAUGACCAAGAAGCCGAGGUGGUGGUGGAGAACCUUAGCGUGUCUCCCUUACUUGAUGCCUCUCCACGAGACCUGGAUGUAUGCCGAGACAGCUUAUCAUCUUCACCCCUUCUUAGAAGACUUUGAGUUUUUGACGUACCCCUUCCUCGGGGCCAUCGGGAAGCUGCCGAGUUGGUUUCUAAUGGCUUACUUCUUUGUCGCCUACUUGGGGGUAGUGAGACGGAAGGAGUGGCCUCACUUCUUCAGGUUUCAUGUGGUGAUGGGCAUGCUGUUGGAGAUAGCCCUGCAGGUGGUAGGGAUGGUGAGCCGUUGGAUGCCGCUCGCGGUCUACUGGGGAAAAGUGGGGAUGCAUUUCUGGACGGCUGUGGCAUUCGCGUACCUGUUUACCGUGUUGGAGUCCAUAAGAUGUGCCCUUGCGGGCAUGUACGCCGACAUCCCCUUUGUGUGCGAUGCCGCAUAUAUCCAGAUUCCAUAUGACUAAGGGAUGUCGAUUCACAAGAUGAGGUGGUUUCAAAGGAGUUCUACACCAGAUUGAGUGGCCAAGAUUUUGAUCUUAUAUCCAAUUUCUCUUGGUACGGAAAUCACUUCCUCUGCCUGUGGAUGAGCUGAUGUUGCUUUGCUCUCUCCUCUGUGUUGGCUCACCAACAACAAUUUAGCUUGAAGUUUAAUAGAUCGGCCUUUUUCUUUGCGCCUUAUCCAUUUUCCUGUCUUGUUUUGUCAUUAAUGUAGAAUUUUGUUAAGUCCAUAAGAAAAUCAUGUCUACAAUUUAAACAAAAAGCAGUUUAUAGGAAGAGAACUCAAAUGUUGA